AUGCAGCCGACCUGCUUCGGGGUGGUUUCUUCCCGGCUGGCAGCUGUGGGUCCACGUCAGAAUACGAAACGUGAGUCUGGAAGAAAAGUCCAGACUGGAAACAUCACUGCUGCAAAGACUAUUGCUGACAUCAUCCGAACAUGUCUGGGACCAAGAGCUAUGAUGAAGAUGCUGUUGGACCCCAUGGGUGGGAUCGUGAUGACCAACGACGGCAAUGCUAUUCUUAGAGAAAUUCAAGUCCAGCAUCCAGCUGCGAAAUCAAUGAUUGAGAUCAGCCGUACUCAGGACGAAGAGGUUGGCGAUGGAACCACGUCUGUAAUUAUCCUUGCUGGAGAGAUGCUCUCUGUUGCCGAACACUUCCUUGAACAGCAGAUGCACCCGACUGUGAUCAUUGGGGCUUAUCGUAAGGCUCUCGAUGACAUGAUCAGUAUUCUGAAGAAAAUUAGCACUGCAGUGGACGUGAACAACAGAGAGAUGAUGCUUAAAAUAAUAAAGAGUGCUAUAAACACCAAGGCAAUAAACCGCUGGUCUGACUUGGCCUGUAGCAUUGCUCUUGACGCUGUUAAGACGGUGGAGUUUGAAGAAAACGGCAGAAAGGAAAUUGAUAUUAAAAAAUAUGCAAAAGUAGAAAAGAUUCCGGGGGGUUUCAGUGAAGACUCGUGUGUUUUGCGUGGAAUCAUGCUGAACAAAGACGUCACUCAUCCCAGGAUGCGUCGCCUCAUUAAGAAUCCACGCAUUGUCCUUCUGGAUUGCUCACUGGAGUACAAGAAAGGAGAGAGCCAGACUGAUAUUGAAAUAACGCGGGAGGAAGACUUUGCCCGCAUCCUGCAGAUGGAGGAGGAGUACGUUCAGCAGAUUUGCGAGGAUCUGGUGAGAGUCAAGCCAGAUCUGGUCAUCACAGAAAAAGGAAUUUCUGACUUGGCCCAGCACUACCUGAUGAAAGCCAACAUCACCGCGAUCCGGAGAGUGCGAAAGACGGACAACAACAGGAUCGCCAGGGCCUGCGGCGCUCGCGUUGUGAGUCGCACAGACGAGCUGCGGGAGGAGGACGUGGGAACCGGAGCCAGGCUCUUCGAGGUUAAAAAAAUAGGCGAUGAGUAUUUCGCCUUCAUCACUGAUUGCAAAGACCCCAAGGCCUGCACUAUCAUGCUGCGUGGAGCCAGCAAGGAAAUCUUAGCAGAGGUGGAGCGCAACCUUCAGGACGCCAUGCAGGUGUGUCGCAACGUCCUCGUCGACCCGCAGCUGGUGCCUGGCGGGGGAGCGACCGAAAUGGCCGUUUCCCACGCGCUGACGGAGAAGUCCAAAGGCAUGACGGGGGUGGAGCAGUGGCCCUACCGUGCGGUAGCCCAGGCUCUGGAAGUGAUUCCCCGAACGCUGAUCCAGAACUGCGGCGCCAGCACCAUCCGUGUGCUGACCUCACUCAGGGCGAAGCACACGCAGGAGGGCAGCCAGACGUGGGGGGUGAACGGCGAUUGCUGCUAUUUCUUAACUGCGGUUCUCCUCCUCCGCAUUGACGACAUUGUUUCGGGGCACAAAAAGAAGGGCGAGGAGCAGAGCAAGCAGCCCCCCGCCGCGCCGGAGCCGGCCCAGGACUGA